AUGGCGUACACUAGACAGGACUACGACCGCAUCAUCGAAGCUGUAUGGCCGGACUACCGCGACACCGACGGACCACAUGACAGAUAUGCUCGCCGCAUCCUAGAUCUCCAGCAGCAAGUCGCCGCGCGCGACAUGAACAUCCUCAACCAGAACCAGACCAUCGCGCACCAGAACGUGGUGCUCGCCACCUGGUCCCAGACCCUCCAAGCUCAGAGAGAGCACAUCGCCCCCCUCGACCAAGCAUUAAGCAGCUUGAAGCAGCAAGUCGAGCAGCUGACAGUCCGCCUGAACGAUAGCGAGCGGAACCACAAGAAGGCGGCGAUGGAUGCGAAGGCAGCGGCCGACAGUGCCAAGGGACGUCAGGAGGAGUAUGACAGGCGUAUCGCGAAGCUGGAUGAGGAGAAGCCAGCGAUCAAGGCGAAGUUGAGGAGUAUGGCGGACAACAUUUGA